AUGACGACUUCUGAAACAGAAGAAGAAAGACCUGGAGACGAAAAAAAGUCUUGUUGGUCCGACAUACCUGUUGAUAUCUUAUGUGAAGUGGCCGAUCGUGUCCCAUAUUGGGAUCUUUUUCGUUUUGCUACUGUAUGCAAGACCUGGAGACUUGCCAUAUACAGGGUUCAUCUUCCACAACGCUCCACAUUGCUUGUGCCAUACUUGUUGAGCUAUACCUGUAUACGUGAACGUGAUGAAUACAUCGAGUUUUAUGACCUGCAUGGUGAAACUUACAAAUACCCAAUCGAUAGCGAGAGACAACUCUUCGGCGGUACCAGCAGACUCUAUGCUAGAAAAUUUGGUUGGUUACUUUUGAAAAAGCUUGAGCUACCCUUUGAACAAUUCUAUCUGUUCAAUCCUUUUUGGAAUCUGGUUGUACUACUGCCCCCAUUAGAGUUGGAGUUGGGUUUUCAAGUUGUAUUAGCAACAUUCACGAGCUCUCCAAUACGCGGCUGUGUUAUCUUGGUCAUUGCCAGAAGGUAUGGAUCUAAUGAUCACAUCAUAAACACAUGUAAGCUCCCAAAAUUCGAUUGGAGUGUUCACAAAACUAGAUGUCAAGGUUCUGUUGAGGGAGUUGCUUAUUUAGAUGGGAUUUUCUAUUGUGUUGUUCCAAAGAUAAUUGAUGAUUUGAAUUCUUUGUCGCUGUCGAUCAGUACCUUCAAUAUAGCACUUCAAGCUUGGGUCAUGGACUAUGCCUCCACAACACUUCAACACCAUACCCGAAGCUCAGCCUUUUGCGUGGUUGAGUCGGAUGGGAAGCUAUUAUUAGCAGUUCGUGAUGAACCAGUAUUGCUUAUAUACCAGUUUGAUUGGUUACGUAAAGAUUGGAUUAGGGUUCAAAAUUUGGGGAACCAUGUAUUGCUUUUAGAUCACUCAUCAUCAAUUGCUUGUCCGACAUUGGGGAGGGACAGUAAAUUUUCAAACAAGAUAUUUCAUCUUGACUGGGGCAAGGAGCCUUUUACUUUCAGCGGCAAUGGUGUCUGGAGAAGGCCCUGA